AAAAACUAAAGAGCGCGCUUCAUCUUAUUUUGUUUCCCUCCAAAUUCUUUUCACCAUUUCCCUCUCUAUCUGUCUCUUCCCAUCACAAUCACUAUCAUUCUUUCCGAUCUAAUCGUAACUCACCCUUUCUCUAUUCACUGCUCAGGGAUUCGCUCUAUUCGCAAUUCAACUUCUCUCAACAAUGUCUUCUGAAACCCUAGAAAACGAGAAGCCUCAAGGGGAAGAAGAAGUCCAAGCUGAAGAAAAUCACACCGAACAAGAAGAUACUCCGGUGAAGAACGAUGUGAAUGAAAACGGCGACGGAAAAGAAAAGGAUCGGGUAGAAGAAGAGAAAAAUGAAGAGGAAGAAGAAGAGACUGAUGAGCGUGGCGAAGCGAAGUCAAUUAAGUCAACAGAAGAAAGCGGUUACGCUACGCCAACUAGUAAGAGACCAACCAGGGAGAGGAAAACGGUGGAUAGGUACACUGUUUCUUCACCCGAUAAGUUUCACCAGUCUUCCUCUCGCAAAACCUCGUCAAUUGAGAAGGGCAACGGUACGCAGCUCAAGGACAUUCCAAAUGUGGCUUUCAUGUUAUCAAAGAGAAAAACUGAUGACAACCUACAUGCGCUUCACAGAGUACUCUUUGGGCUAAGGGGAAAGGUAAACGCAGUAAAGAGAAAUAUAGGAAUGUUUUCUGGCUAUGUGUGGACUGACAACGAGGAAAAACAAAAGGCAAAGACAAGGGAGAAGAUUGAGAAGUGUCCGAAAGAGAAGUUGGUGGACUUCUGUAAUGUGCUUAAUAUUCCAAUAAACAAGACCACUAUGAAGAAGGAGGAACUGUGUGCGAAGCUGUUUGAAUUUUUGGUUUCUCCGCAUGCUACAACUGAUGUUCUUCUUGCCGACCAAAAAAUGAAAGGGAAAAAGCGAAGCAGAAAGCAAACCCCAAACAAAUCCGAAGCAUCUGCCAAGAAGCAAAAGAAAAGCUCACUAGUUGCGAAAAAGCAAAAACAGUCUUCUGAUAUCGAGGAGAGUGAUGUCUCUGAACCUUCCGAGGCAAAAGUUGAUACUGAGGAAGAUGAUGUGCAAAAAAGUGAAAGUGAUCCGGAUGACGAAAACUUGUCAGAGAAAGAGGAAGAUGAUAAAGAAAAGGCUCACAAUCGGUCUUCGAAGAAGAUUCUGAAUGAAGACCAAGACGAACCUGUAAAGAAGACCACUACAGUAGAGACAGGCAAGAGCAACGAAAGAACUCCCAAAAAAUCUACUUCAAAAAUAGCUCGUAAUGACAAUACUUCGAAAUCCAAGCAGUCUGCUUCCAAGAAACAGAAAACAGUAAGGGAAAACCAGAAUUCAAAAGGGAAGGGUGCAGACAAAAAACCAACCGACAAGUCUUCAAAGGCUUUAGUUAAGGAUGAAGGAAAAGGUAGAAGUAGCGAGAAAGCUAAAUCCGGACCUAGUAAGGAUGAAAUGCAUCGAGUGGUAGUUGAUAUUUUGAAGAAAGUAGAUUUCAAUACGGCAACUUUAUCUGAUAUCCUGAAACGACUUGGUACACACUUUGACGUGGAUUUGAUGCAUAGAAAAGCAGAGGUGAAGGAUAUAAUUACAGAUGUAAUUAAUAACAUGUCGGAUGACGAUCAAGAGGAAGCAUCAAAUGUUGGAGAUGAUGAUGGUGAAGACGAGACAUUGUUGUAGAAUCAUAGUUUAAGAAAUAAUCUGAAAAUAGAGGUAUGUGGUUAAUUCCGCAGCUAAAUUUUAUUACCAUGGUUAUCGUGGCAGCCGUCUCUUUCCGUAAUAGGUUUUGAUGGAUAUUUGUUUUGAGUGGGGACCCUUUUCCAUGAUAGGUAUUCUCAACUUGUUAUUUCCUAGUUUUAACCCCGUUAUGUUUAUUAUUAAUGUUACCUUAAUUUUACUUUCUAUACUGAAUAGGUUUUAUUUACAUUGGUGUAAACAAUAUUGCCUUUUGAAUCAGAACACCAUGCAAUAUUUUAAUAGCCUGAAACCAGAUUACGAGUCUUUCUUGAGACUCUUGUGAAUUGUAUUGCUGAUAAGCAUUUGCGCCUUAUAUUUAUGGAAAAUUCUCUUGAUGAAGA